AGAAAUGCUUAGUUAAGAGAAAGAAAUUGCUCACAUCAGACAAAAACAAUGAAACUCAGUAAACACAACGUAUACAUAUUAGAAAUGAGAAACCGUUGACCUCCAAUACCCAAUAGACAGCUACACAUAGUCUUUAUGCAAUUUUUUUUCCCCAUAUUCACAUGCUUUGCUUCAUUGGCCUCCUGUUUACUUGCUUAAAUCCCCCCAAAUACAUCUUUCCCUUAAUUAUAACUUCACUAAUCAAUAAUCAUCUCUCUCUCUCUCUCUCUCUCUCUCUCUCUCUCUCUCAUGUUACCGUUGACUUUCUGAUCACUUUUGAAUCCCCAAAAUAAUCAACUCUAUUUUCCCAUUUGCCAUGGCUGACCACACCAUACGCCAAACCAUUUUUUCUCCUUUCAUUUCCAAUCUCUCUUCUUCUUCUUCUUCUUCUUCAUUCGGGAGAUGAACACCACAGACAGCAGCAAUGGCGGUUUUCUUGGCGGUAACAACAUUGGAGGCUUUGGCUAUGCCGUCGGAGUUUCUGUUGGAAUUCUCCUCCUCAUCACUACUAUAACUCUUGCUUCUUACUUCUGUGCCAGGAAUCAAGACCCUGCUUUCUCUUCGAGACACAGGAAUACCCGUGAGCAUCGUCAUAAUCGGCCGCCUGACUUGCCGAAUUUCGUAGUAGAUGUUGGACUCGAGGAGGAAACCAUAUUAAACUAUCCCAAGAUGCUCUACUCUGAGGCCAAGCUCCAAAAGAAAGACUCCACGGCCACCUGCUGUUCCAUAUGUUUGGCGGAUUACAAGGCCACCGAUAUGCUUAGGCUUCUGCCUGAUUGUGGUCACCUCUUUCACCUCAGGUGUGUUGAUCCGUGGUUAAGAUUGCAUCCCACUUGUCCGGUCUGUCGAACGUCUCCCAUCCCGACUCCCCUGUCUACCCCUCUGGCUGAGGUGGUUCCACUGGCAAGCAGGAGAGAUUGAUGGAUUUAGAGAGUGAAAAUGGAGAAGGAAGAUUUAGUUUUCUUUUUGAAUAUAUAUAUAUAUAUAUAUAUAUGCCAUCUGUUUUCAUCAUCUGUAUACUGUAAAAUUCAUCUGUUUUAUUGGAGCUUUUUCUCUUGUUGAUAUAGCUCCUUUCAUUGUGAAUUUGUUUUUUAAUUUCUUUUUAUUUUCAUAGAUUAGGAUUCAAUUUUAUGUCAUACUUUGAAUU